AUGUUUUGGUGGAGGCACGCUGGAGGGCUCACCUCCGAGAGUCCUACGGGUGGAUGCCCACCCAAAGGAGAUUCUUUGUCGUCUCGCGUUCCUCCGCAUUUGCCAACUGAUGUGGAGGAAGGGCAGUCGGCAGCUUGCGGAAGCCGAAUUCUGGGAAAUGUACGGGAAAGGAGAAAAGGAGGGCUAGAUGCCUUUCAUGGGGCGCAUCGUCGCGUAGCAGGGUGGGAGCCUCCGGGAGCCUCAGUGCGCCGAUGCCUGACGAGCAGCCCGACGAGAGGGAGGAGUCGGUUGCAAACCCGCUCUUCCUCUCUGUAUUCUUCAGAUCUUCGGAAGUUUUGCCAGAAAGGAAUAGAUAUUGUCAACCGCACCGGUUCUCGGUCUCCUACAUCGGGUAGCGAUUGGCUGUCCCUGAGAAGCGAGGAAUAUUUUAGCGCCUGCAGCGACUCACUAAAUUCUCCAACAGCCUCAGACGGGAAGGAGAUGUCCUUUGCCACGAGGACGGCAAGUUCUCAGUCUGACGCCGGCAACUCUAUUGAACCGCUUCACCGUCGGUCACUUUCUAACCGCUCUUGCCUACACACGACUUCAACUAGAGUUGUGUGGGGCAGGGCAGAUAGACUACGAUCUGCUCCUGAUGGCCGCGCCGGAGCAUCAUUCAGAACCGCACUUGUCCCCGCCAGGUCCUUCUCUCUUCCGUUGCUCGGUCCCCCUGUCUUAAAAGCAACACCUUCUGGGGCCCCGUCGGCGUCUUUCAGGUGCAUCUCUAGUAGUCCUUUCGAUUUUGGAGAAGGGGAAGAAGAGUCGAAGCCAUUGCACGAGCAGGUGAAGGCCCUUGCAGCUCCGGCUUUCUUGGACACUCACAGAGGCGCUACGAACAGUCGUCCGACUCCCUAUCCUCUGCACGAAGCGUCGCAGCGCAUUAGCAGAGAGGAGGUCUCGAGGCUGGGCGAGUAUCGAAAGCCUGGGGUCCAUAUCGGGAGCUUCCCUCACUACGGACUUUGCGUGGCUCCGGAGACUGGUGAUGCUGAUGAACGGGGGGGAUCUUGGUCUCCCAGUGAGUUUGAAGCAUUUCCAGAGGGGCUGGGUAGGCUGAGUCUUAUCGCAAAUCUCGCCACAUCGGAUGGCCCAGCGGAGACUCGAGAUUUGCCCUCAUUGAGGCUGUUUUCAAACGGUUGCUACAGAAAGGCUACUGAAGCCAAUCGGGUAGGCGAACUCCAAGCAGGAAAGCGCACCAGCGGUGGGAUCCGUCGAUCAGCGAGCUUCCGCACACCAGCAACUGACGUAUUCGGGUCGACACGUUGUGACAGAAGGAGCAGGAGCUGGACGGCUCUCAAUACCAGGAGCUCUUCCUAUCGAUUACUGCCUGCUUUCAACUCAUCUGAGCAACUUCCUUUUUUGCUAGCGAAUGCAGCAUCUUCAGUGCGUCGUAAUUCCCAGACAGCUAUCGGGGGAAGUAGCGACUGCCGAACGUACAAGGAAGAUUCGAAGUCUUUCGCCAGCAUCGGUGAGCUGCCUGCAAAUGGAGCGGGAGAUGUCGACGGGAGGCGUAGAUUUGAGGCUACUCGCGAGGAAGAAGUUGGCAGCAAACAGGAAAAGGCGGAGGCCCUCCGUAUUGCAGAGGCUGAACUGGAGACGCGCUCAGUGCGUCAAGGGGGAAUACACGACGCUGACACGUUACAGCUUCUCGAGCGUGGCUCUUGCGGGGCAGGAACGGGCCCUUGUGCUGAUGGUUUGCAGGCGAGCAGCCUUUCACACCCUGAUGUUCAUAUGGAGAGCUCCAACACUGUAGCCGAAUGUGUAGGGGCAUUUGCGUCUGCGCUUAGCAAUGGAGAUGCUUCUGGCGUGAGCGCAGCUGUUGCGGUGGCCUCGCAGCAACAAAAUGCAGACCUGGCCAGGGAAACAGUCAGUGGCACAAAUCAUGCAGGGAAAGAACUGCAGGCACCAGCUGUCGUGCGUCAUACGGAGUGUGGCGAAGUACCAAGAGGUGGACUCACGACUCAACAACCCCUGCAGCGUCCAUUUGUAGAUAUGGCAGCCCUGUUUCCAAUAGGGCUUCUUCCCAAACAGCGACAGCGAGAUGCAGUCAUUGCAUGCAACCAUCCGUUAGGGGACCAAAAGGAACAUAAAGCCCACGGCUCGCCUCCACUCCAGGCAACACGAUUCUCUUGUGCCGUGGGUCUAUCUACAGAGGAGGCAAACGCGCCCACGAGCGAGGUGCUGUUCGGCAGCGCGGGUAGAGGCUCUUGUGGGGAUGCCCAGGAGAACCAGGCUAGACAGCGCAUGCUAGCAAGUGCAGACGAGCCUGCUGCAUCGAUUGACAGUAGUUUGAGUCCGGGUCUUGACACUGCGCAAGUCAACAUAAGCUUCCACGAUGCUUGGCCUGUGGCUAUUGGGGAGGCCGAAGAGCCGAAGCGUAGGACGUCACGCGCCAGCGAGGGUGGCAUGAAUUGCAGGAAUAGGCAGGAACCUCAGACAAGGCAGUGGUCCUUGCCAGCCAGUGUGGAGGGGGCAGCUCCUUUGCAUUGGAGCAAUUUGGGUUUCUUGCAGGAGGCUACGGCGCCGGAUGACAGAUUCCAGGAUGCGGUAAACGGGUCUCCUGGGAAGGCUGAAGAGCCGCAGCGUGAGCUGUCGCGCGCUAGCGAGGGUGGCAAGGGUCGCGGAAAUCCGCAGAAGCCCCAGACAAGGCAGUGGUCUUUGCCAGCCAGUGCGGGGGGGGCAGUAUCAUUACCUUGUAGCAGUUUGGGUCUUUUAGAGGAGGCUGGGACCGCGGACGAAAGCUUGCAGGAUAUGAUGAAGGGGGCUGUUGGGGAGGCGGAAGUGCGGGACCGUGAGGUGUUGCGCGGCAGCGAGGGCGGAAACGUUGGCGAGGACACGCAGAACCUCCAGACAAGGCAGGAGUCUCUGGCAGCCCUUUUGGCGGGGGCAGGUCCAUUACCUUGUAGCAGUUUGGGUUUCUCGCGGGAGAUUGGAGAGGCGGACGAAAGUUUCCACAACGCCUCAGGCGUGGCUGUUGGGGAGGCCGAAGAACCGAAGCGUGAGGCGUCGCGCGCCAGCGAGGGUGGUAGGCGUCGCAGGAAUACGCAAGAGCCCCAGACAAGGCAGCGGUCUUUGCCAGUCAGUGUGAAGAAGGCGGUUUCUCCAACUUGGAGCAGUUUAGGCUUUGCGCGGGAGGCUACGGCACAGAGCGACGGAUUCCACGAUGCGAUAGACGGGUUUGUGGGGGAGGCCGGAGAGCCGAAACGUUGGGCUUCGCAUGGCAACGAGAGUGGAAGCGGUUGCGGAAGUCCGCAGACAGUCCGGACAAGGCAAGGAUCUUUGCUAGCCAGUGUGGAGGGGGCCGGUGCAAUACCGUAUAGCAGUUUGGGUUUCUUGCAGGAGGCUGCGACCCCGGACGAAGGCUUCCAGGAUGCGAUAAACGGGUCUCCUGGGGAGGCUGAAGAGCCGCAGCGUGGGCUGUCGCGCGCUAGCGAGGGUGGCAAGGGCCGCGGGAAUCUGCAGAAGCCCCAGACAAGGCAGUGGUCUUUGCCAGCCAGUGUGGUGGGGGCAGUAUCAUUACCUUGUAGCAGUUUGGGUCUUUCAGAGAAGGCUGAGGUGGCGGACGAAAGCUUGCAGGAUGCGAAAAAUGGGGCUGUUGGGGAGGCGGAAGUGCGGGACCAUGAGGCUUUGCGGGGCAGGCGGCACAGAAGCGGUGGUUUGGAUACGCAGGAGCCCCAGCCAAAGCAGGGGACUUUCCUAGCCAUUGCGGAGAGGACAGUAUCAUUGCCAUGCAGCAGUUUGGGUUUCCCGCGGGAGACUGGGUUGGCGGAUGCAAGCUUCGAGGAUGCAAUUGGCGGGGUUUUUGUCGAGGACCGAGAGCGGGAGCAUGAGGCCUUUCGUAGCAGCGAGGGCGGAAACGUUGACGGGGAUACGCAAAAGCCCCAGAAAAGGCAGGGGUCUUUGCCAACCCUUUUGGCGGGGGCAGGUUUAUUACCUUGUAGCCGGAUGGGUCUGGCAGGGGAGGCUUGGGCGGCGGACGAAGGCUUCCAGGAUGCGAUAAACGGGGCGGUUGGAGAGGCCGAAGAGCGGGACCGUGAGGCGUUGCGUAGCAGCGAGGGCGGUGACGUUGGCAAGGAUGCGCAAGACCUGCAGGAAAGGCAGGAGUCUCUGCCAGCCGUUUUGGCGGGGGCGGGAUCGUUGCCUUGUAGCAGCUUAGGUUU